AUGGCUGAUAUCCAGGAGAUCCUCAAGAAGAAGUUCGGUGGCGCUGCCCCCACCCGUACUGGCGGCAAGGGCACUCCCAGAAAGACCCAGAGACGCCCCGUCGCCAGAAGCGCCAACGACGACAAGAAGCUCCAGGCUACCCUCAAGAAGCUGAACGUCCAGCCCAUCCAGGCAAUUGAGGAGGUUAACAUGUUCAAGAGCGACGGAAACGUCAUCCACUUCUCCGCUCCCAAGGUUCACGCCGCUGUUCCCGCAAACACCUUCGCUAUCUACGGAGCUGGUGAGGACAAGGAGCUCACCGAGCUCGUCCCCGGUAUCCUGAACCAGCUCGGACCCGACUCCCUGGCAUCCCUCCGCAAGCUCGCCGAGAGCUACCAGAACAUGACCAAGGAGAACAAGGAGGGUGGUGAGGACGACGAUGACAUCCCCGACUUGGUUGCCGGCGAGAACUUCGAGAGCAAGGUCGAAUAA